GCUGACAGCGCCUCGGAGUGAAUGGAUGAGGCGUCCCAAACAGGCCAGGCUCUUGGAACAGGCAGCGGAGUUGGAUUGCAGGAGGCAGAGAGUCGCGAGAGAUUUGAGAUCACAGAGGGAGAGAGAGAGAGUGCGUCUUAGAUUUAGGGACGAAGACGUACGGGGGAUCGAGAGAGAGAGCGAGAGGAUAGACAAGAACGUGCAGAGAGAUACGAGCGAGAAGAGAUAUAGCAAAUGAUAACACGAGAUUGAUAGAUAAUUGAGAUAUAUAUAAAGGAGAGAGAGUAAUAUAGCAACAGAAGAUAAGAUAGAUAUAUAGAUAUCAUUAAGCACUGAAGACAAUCAACCAUCAUGAGCUAACCAGAGGUGACGCGAGUGCUCAUCAUCAUCAUCAUCUCACCACCACCUGCGCGGCAGUCAACAACAGAGCCCAAGCCAUGAUGGAUCACCACUCCACUUGCAACCUGUCAGCGCCUCUGCAGGUAAACCUCGAGGGCCAGGAGACGGCGGCAGCAGCAGAGGUGUCCCUCUCCUACCAAGUCAUCACGUCCAUGUGCCUGGGGGCUCUCAUACUCUUCUCCGUCGUCGGCAACUCGUGCGUGGUCGCCGCGAUCGUGCUGGAGCGCUCCCUGCAGAACGUGGCCAACUACCUGAUCGGCUCUCUGGCCGUCACCGACUUGAUGGUGUCCGUGCUGGUGCUGCCCAUGGCCGCGCUGUACCAGGUGCUGGGCAGGUGGACGCUGGGUCAGGUGGUGUGCGACAUCUUCAUCGCGCUGGACGUCCUCUGCUGCACCUCGUCCAUCCUGCACCUGUGCGCCAUCGCUCUCGACCGCUACUGGGCGAUCACCAACCCCAUCGACUACGUGAACAAGAGGACGCCGCGGCGCGCCGUCAUCAUGAUCAGCCUCACGUGGCUCGUGGGCUUCUCCAUCUCCAUCCCGCCCAUGCUGGGCUGGAGGACUCCGGCGGACAGGGCGGACCCGGACGCGUGCAAGAUCAGCCAGGACCACGGCUACACCAUCUACUCCACGUUCGGCGCCUUCUACAUCCCGCUCAUCCUCAUGCUCGUCCUCUACGGCCGCAUCUUCAAAGCGGCGCGAUUCCGGAUUCGCAAGAACGCCAAGAACCGCGAGAAGAGGGUCUGCGACGUCGGUGUGGCCUUGAACGAGGAGAUGAUGCACCGGCGACUCAAAGGCGCUGCCGCUGCUGCUGCUGCUGGUGGUGCUCGUGGUGUCGACGGUGCUGGUGCCGGCUGCUCAGCGAUGAACGGCAAGCAGCAGCAGCACCAGCAGCAGCACCAGCAGCAGCAGCACUCCAGCAGACGCGACAGUUCCGAGUCCAGGCCGCCCUUCUGCUGCAACGGCGCCGUGCGCAACUACGAGGACGAGGCGCCCGUGCAGGUGAUGGAGGCGCCGGGCGGGGGCCACUGCACGCUGCACCUGCUGCCCAACAACGUGAACCAGGAGGCGACGCGGCUCGGCGACUGCCCCGAGCGAGGAGGAGGAGGGGGCGGUGGCGAGAGAGCCACGGACCCGAGGCGCAAGACGGCGCUCGCGCGGGAGCGCAAGACGGUGAAGACGCUGGGCAUCAUCAUGGGCACCUUCAUCUUCUGCUGGCUGCCCUUCUUCAUCGUGGCGCUCAUCUCGCCCUUCUGCGGCGAGCGGUGCCGCCACUCGCCGCCGGGCGUGUUCGCCGUCAUCAACUGGCUCGGCUACUCCAACUCGCUGCUCAACCCAAUCAUCUACGCGUACUUCAACAAGGACUUUCAGAACGCCUUCAAGAAGAUCGUCCGGUGCAGGUUCUGCAGGAAGUAGGAGACUCGAUGUGGGUUUCGUGGUCGGGGGUGUGUGUGGUUGUGUGGUGGUGGGGGGGGGGGCUUAUUUGUUUACGAGCAAGGUUGAUGGUGAUGAUGGUGAGAUGAACCCGCGGUAAAUGUCUGACCGCUGGGUGA